AUGAAGACCCAGACCGAAAUAGGUGUUCCAGCAGAGAACAUUAUCAACAUCAGAGAGCCUCAGUGAACCGAGGACAUGUUUCUCUUUAAAAGAAAUUAGCAGUGAUACCUUUCAGGGCUCUUGGCCUCCUCUCGAGUGCUCUAGAGCGCAGAGUGCAGAGUGCAGAGUGCAGUGCAUGAGGUAUUCAGUUCUCGGCGUCCUUAUUAACGAUACAGUGGUGCGAACUACGUCUCUUUGUCACGGUGAUAUCGGGUGCAGCAAGGAUGAACUCGCGGCCGUGGGUCAGACGGAGAUGACCACUAGAUUCGUGCCUCGUCCUGAAGACGAAGACGAGGAGGACGAGGAAGAAGAGGAAGAAGAAGAGGAGGAAGAGGAGGAGGAAGUCGACAAGGAGGCUCGCUCGAGUCUACGAUAUCACUGCCACUGA